AUGUCCAAGAGGCGGCGACUGUCCAGCUCGGCUGAUAUGCAGCAAGCCAUAGCCCAGCCAGGGUCUAUCAAAAUCAACGUUGCGGGAGCCUACAUCAUUGAUCAUGAGGACGAGGACGCUUCGCCAGACCGGUCACCAACAAGCAGCUCUGAGGGCGGCGAAGAGCAUUCAUAUCAGCAUCACAAGCGUGACAUACGACUGCCGAAUCACACCUCAGUCGUCAGCCAUGUGGCGGCAGAUAUUGGUGGCUCUCUCGCAAAGGUGGUUUACUUCACCCGUGAGAGUCGGGAAACAGAGUCUGGCGGUAGGCUCAGCUUUCUUUCUUUUGAGACCGACAAGAUUGAUGAUUGCAUCGAGUAUCUCCGGCAAUUGCAGGUUAAGCACCAGCAGACCAACGGGAUGGAUCGAUCCACAAAACUCAGCAUCAUGGCCACUGGCGGAGGAGCCUUCAAAUUUUACGACCGAAUCAGGGAGCGACUUAGAGUGGAGGUAGAGCGAGAGGAUGAGAUGGAAUGUCUUAUCAAGGGCCUGGACUUUUUCAUCACGCAAAUUCCCAACGAGGUCUUUACAUACAACGACAGCGACGAAGAAAAUCCAGUCGCCUUUCAGGAGCCUCGGGAGGAUUUAUACCCUUAUUUGCUUGUGAACAUUGGCAGCGGUGUGUCCAUGAUCAAGGUGUCUGGGCCAUCUCAAUACCAGCGUAUCGGCGGUACUUCUCUGGGUGGCGGUACUCUCUGGGGGCUCCUUUCACUACUCACAGGAGCUCGAAACUUCGACGACAUGCUGGACAUGGCAGAUAAAGGAGACAACAGUGCUGUGGACUUGCUUGUCGGUGAUAUCUAUGGCGAGGGCAUGGGCUACGAGAAGAUCGGUCUAAGUGAAAGAACGAUUGCUAGCAGCUUUGGCAAGGUGCUGAAGAGGAAGCGGGAGGCAGAGCGGGAGGCUGAAGAUGGUAAUCUCAGCAAUGGCGACCACACUCGGUCAAAAUUCACUCCGCAGACUCACGACAUGGACGAAAACGAUGGGAGCGGUUUGGUUGGUGAUGGUAGGAUGUUCAAGCCAGAGGAUAUAUCGCGGAGUCUGCUUUAUGCCAUCAGUAACAACAUCGGCCAGAUCUCGUUCCUGCAGUCAGAAAGGCAUGAUUUGAAGAGGAUCUACUUUGGUGGGUCUUUCAUUCGAGGACACCAGCAGACGAUCCACACGCUUUCGUUCGCCAUCAAGUUCUGGAGCAAAGGGACGAAGCAGGCUUUCUUUUUGCGCCAUGAAGGCUACUUAGGGGCUGUAGGGGCAUUUGUUAAACGCAAGCCUGCCAACUGGGGCAGAGCUAGAAGUGUAGAGCCCGGAGAACAAUGA